AUGGAGAGAAAAAGAAAGAUGAAAUCUGUGAAACAUCCACAUCAUAAAGAAAAGAGGGCUGAGCAGAACCCCGCCGGGGGCCACCCCGGAAAAGGACGCACCUGGAGUCCCUCACGCGGCACCUCCGAAGCGUCCCCACCGAACUUCCGGGCGCCGGGCGAUGACGUCACGGCCGAGGGGGCGCGCGGGGAGGAGGAACGACGGCGGCUCGAGGAGGCCAAACGCAUCGAGCGGAGGCCUAGAGCGGCGUCCGUGAUGGCUGCGGCGGGGCUGGCGAGGCGGGGGUGGCGGCGGGGCUGGGGCUGGGGCUGCUGGGCCAGGAGCAGCAGCGGCGCCGUGCGGCCCUUCGACCGGGGGCUGAAGCGGAAGCAAAAGAACUGGGCGGCGGCCCAGCCUGAGCCCGAGCGCUGCGAGUACCUCCGCCACGAGGUCGGUGGGAGGAUAGCAGACCGCGUCUUUGAUAUUUCUAGGACUUUCUCGCUCGCUUUGGACCUUGGCUGCGGGCGAAGCCACGUAGCGCAGCAUUUGAGCAAGGACGUGGUCGAAAGGUUUUGUCAAACCGACCUUGCGGAAAACGCGCUGAGGAACGCUGCAGAAUCAGAGAUUCCCACGUUCAGCGUCGUGGCGGAUGAGGAAUUCCUCCCUUUCAGAGAGAACACGUUCGAACUUGUCGUCAGCAGUUUGAGUUUGCAUUGGGUGAACGACCUUCCCAAAGCCUUGCAUGAGAUACACCAAGUCCUGAAACCCGAUGGAGUGUUUGUCGGCGCCAUGUUUGGGGGAGACACCCUUUACGAGCUUCGCUGCUCUCUGCAGCUGGCGGAACUGGAAAGAGAAGGCGGCUUUUCUCCCCACGUGUCUCCUUUCACCGCCGUCAACGACCUGGGGCACCUGCUGGCAGGAGCCGGCUUCAACACCUUGACCGUGGACACUGAUGAAAUUCAAGUAAACUAUCCCGGGAUGUUUGAACUUAUGGACGAUCUCCAAGGUAUGGGUGAGAGUAACUGCUGCUGGAAUCGGAAGCCGGUGCUUCACAGGGAAACCAUGCUGGCGGCGGCGGCCGUGUACAGGGAAAUGUAUGGAAACAAUGACAGGACGGUACCUGCCACCUUUCAGAUCUACUACAUGAUAGGAUGGAAGUUUCAUGAAUCGCAGGCAAGACCGGCCCAGAGAGGUUCUGCGACAGCAUCGUUCGGAGACCUUAAAAAGAUUAACGAGUCCAUUGCGGGAAGGAAAAAAUUUGAGACGAGGUAACGCUGUCUCGGCGGCGCCAGACUUACAAUCCAUCUACGGUAGUCGGUUUCAGAACAGGGCGCCACACUUCACGCUUCCUGAUACAUUACCGUGUGACCUGGAGAUCAUACACAAUCGCUGACUUUGUCUCUUUCUUCACUGGUCAUGCUCCUGUCUGUAAAUUGUGUGGAUUUUGUUUUGUAUUGUUUCAGCCAAAUAAAAUGAGGGCACCUUAUGGUUCUGUGAGGAGCCUGCCUACAACACU